AUGGAAUACAUUGUCGGCAAUAAUCGAAGUAUACACAAGUUCCUACAAACUUGCACCGACGUUCAUGUGUUCAACGCACUGUACAAAGCCAAGCGCAACUACUUUAUCAAUCAUCAACUGCUGGCAUACGCUGUGAGGAGUGGAUCGAUCGAGAUUGUCAAGACACUGGCGGAACAGACCUUCCCCAUCCGCUUCCAAAGGACGCGCCACAGCUACACCCCCAACAUCAAGGAGUACAAGUACUCUGACCUGCUCCUUCAAGAGGCCUGGGUAUGUCGUCAGUACUCAAUGUACUUCUACCUUUUGAACAACGUCAAGGACGAGGAUGGCGAGCCACUGUGCGACAAGAGUUUGUUCCAGAACACCAAGGCAGUGAUGAUUGGCAGGGUCAACUCUCUGCUCAUCAAGGAUAUCAAGAUGUUUAGUGCCGUGCGUCAAAUGGCGCAUCCAGAGUUUGCCAACAUCAUGGUGGAGUGGGCCGCAGCCAAUCCCGAGAUCCUAUACAUGACAGAUGACACCGAGUUGAUUGAUCGCCUCGUCCCCGCCAAUCUCUUGCCCAAGCUCAAGUCGAACCAUGACUGGACCCAGCAUUAUCACGCUGUUGUCGAUUCCUCUGGCUAUCAUUUCACCUACACCACAUUUGAGUCGUUGAUCAAGGCUUGCAUUGACCUCGACCUCGCACCCAUGGAGCCACUGAUCCAAUCAAAGUAUGCUGAAUCAAGGCGUCGAUGUAUCACUUAUGGUGUUCCAGAGUGCGAUCUAGGCCCUGUCGAGAUGGACAUCAACACUCCAACAUACCUCGAUAUUGUAAUACUGGAGCAGUUGGCUAUUAAUAACUUGAGGGUGGAUGUAUAUAGUUCGACAAUGGUCAGGAUUAUCAAGACUGGCACUUUAGUGUUGAUACCCUACAUACUCGAAUACAUACAACGUGGACGCACUGAUGGCUCAUCGAUGCAUGAUCAAUUCUACACUUUGGUUCGCUUUGGAGAGAUGAGUCAACUCAAGCUCGCCAUCAAACAUUUGGAGGCACGCGCCAAGAUAGACACUAUAGUAGUGUAUAGACUACUUCAGUCGCUGAUCAACUCACCUCAUGAGGUGGUCGAGUUGAUCGUCCACACAUUCCAAAAGCCAAUCCGUGCCUCUAAUGACUUUAGGUUCACAACCAUCAACCCGAACCAAUUGAUGUUGUCCGAUGCCGUGUUUGAACUGGGCCACUCAUUGAAGAUCUUCAAAACAACCUACAUAUCUGAUCACAACACCAUCAAGUAUCUGCUCAAGAAUCCAACUGGUCGACAUGACUGCCUUCUUGGUGAGUGGGCUGCACGCUUUGGAUGCCUCGAUGUUUUGAGGCUCACUCCAAAAACGUCGGACUCCAACAAUCACAACAUGCAACACGCCAUUGUGGGUGGACAUCCGAGCAGCAUUGGAUUCAUGUUGGAGCGACGCAAGUUCCUGAUGAGACAGGACACCGAACUGAUUGCCAAGUUGAACAAUAUCAAGACAUAUGAUCUGAUCGUUGACAAGCUGGGCUUGAAGCCCAGCAAGAUUGAAGAGCUUUUCUUCGAGCCCGAGACGCUGAAGACCUUCUUUAUUCAUGGUAGCGAUGAGUUACUGCGCCACAUUCUCAGGAAGCAUGGUCUUAAGCUGCCCAAGCUGGAACCAUCCUUUGUCCACUAUGGUCAUGUCUCCAUUCUCAAGAUGUGCAUUGGCCAAUUCAUCAAUAACCUCGAGCCCAUCAAUGUAGCAAUCGUGAACAAUAGAGUCGAAGUGUUUGACCUCCUGUUCAACAAGUUGAGGCAAAUGGAUGAGUUCUUUGAGGAGUCCAAGUCAAUGUUCUGCAGCGAUGUCCUGGACAAUGUAUUCAAGGAGAAACUGGAGCAGUUGAUAAAGUCCAAUUGCUAUGCAAUGAUAUUGCGAGCCGUUCUGCUCGGUGCCUACAUGGACCUCGUUGUAUUCACUCCUCAACUCAAGUUCAAAUACCCAACCAACGUGACCAUCCAGUGUCUGGGCAAGAUGUACCUCAAGAAGAAGAAGGAGUUGAGGAAGGCCAAGCAGUUCCAAAAUAUUGCCCAAGACCAAGCCCAAGUCCUACUGAAGGACUUGACAAUCAAUCAAUAA